AUGUCAGUGUCAGAAGAAAAUUUACAUGAAAAUAGCCAAGCAGCUCCAAGAAGAGUUGCAAGAAGAGCGUGUUUAUCAUGUAGAAAGAAGAAAAUUAAAUGUGAAGUCCCACCAUCGAACGAUGACUCUAGUACAGCAAAAAAAGGGAAAUCAGAUGAAAGAAAGGAAGGGCGAAAUAAUGAUAAAGUUGCUUGCACCAACUGUUCAUCCUUAGGUAUCGAAUGUGUAUUUGUGAGGAGUAAUAGAGGUGGUAGGAGAAAGAAGAGGCAGCUUGGCGAUGUUCUAUCUAGCGAGAGUCCACUGAUAUCAAACUUUGAUGGGCGUGAAGGUGUUCCAGCGAGUGUCAACAAGGACCGAAGAUUGAGCCCAUUCGAUGAUUCAUCAAAUUUCUCGAAGGAAAGUGGUGUGGAAAGAAUAAGUUCGUAUAUGUUUGACGGAGAACAGAGUAAAUUUCCUGAUUUUUCAAGACUGAAACCUUUGUCACCCACAUUAUCAUAUUUAUCUUCAACGACGGAUGGUUUGAAUAGAUUGAGCCUGGAGAGGUCUAGCAGAAGUGAGUUCUUUCCUCGUGCAUACGAAUAUCACAACAUGUAUCAGCCAGUCUAUCAGCAUCCCAUAAAUCCACCAGGGAUUGGAUUACCUCUUCCUUUACCCCCACCUCCGCCAUCACAAGCUUCCCUCCAUCAUAUGGAACCCCAUUAUCCACAUCCAUAUUCUUAUCCACCUCCACUUCCACCACACCAUAGGCAUGGUCCGCCUCCUCAUCAUAUGCAUUAUGAAUCUGGUCCUCCUCAUCAUUUACAUCACGAAGCUGGCCCUCCUGCUCAUCAUAUGCAUCAUCCACACCACCCACACCAUCCGCACCAUCAUCGCCAUCACCAUCGCCAUCAUCAUCCGUCCUACUAUACUCACCUGCCGCAUUCUCCUCGAUCACCACCUUCUGAACCUCAUGAUCAUAUUUAUGGGAUGCCUAUGAAAUCACCCAGAAAACCGCCAUCACAAGCUUCCGAUACACGUCUGAAUUUCCUGAACAAUAAACUGAAGUGGGAACAGAAUCCUCAACUUGUUCAAGAUGCUUCGCGAUCACAGCGACAAAGUUCUAUAGGUUUCGGUUCAGAAUUACCAAGCAAUCGUAAUGAGACAUCUUUCAUGACCCCAGGAAGUAGACAUGCAGCAUUCGAAAAGGAAAAGAAUUUUGACAAAAAGGGAUAUCAACUUAGACAUUCAUAUCGUCAUUUAGAAAAUGAAGUAAAGAAUGGACGACUCAAUGAAAAUGCAGAACGUAUGAGAGCGGUUGAUAAAGGCUAUGAAAAAGUCAAUUUACCCAAUUCAGAUCUGAAAGGUUCUCUUGCAACACCCGAUACUUUCCUGUCAUAUGGUUACAGCAGAAGAAGUACGGAUCAGGAUGUCUCUUCACCAUCUCCUUCAGUUUCAACCUCAUCUCGCUCGACUAGUUUGACAUCAAAAGCGGGAUUGAACUCGAGUGUGAUUGGGGGUUAUUCUGACGUCGAGUUAGCUGAGUAUCAGUUGCCUCCUUGGAAGACUUUAAAUAAAUUGAUCGACUUUUACUACACAUACUAUCAGAUUAGAGAUCAAUUGUUCCCGUCCAAAGAAAAGUUCUUGAAGAACUUUUCGUUAGUCACUGACAGCUCUUUAUUGCACGCAAUGAUUGCUAUUAUUUCUCAUAACGUUGAUGAAGAUAUUGAGUCAGAUGAGCUGUACUGGAUAGCAAGACUGAAAGAAUAUUGGGAUAAUUUAACUGAUUUCGGAAUGCUUUGGUAUUAUUCAUUAUUAUUAAAAACCCCGAGUUACAAAAAUGACAUGCCAAAUUCGUUGGAAGCGGUGAAGAGAAUAUGGGAACUCAUCCAGCGAAAUAAUUAUUUUGAAACAUUAAAGGGAUCAGAAAAUCUGGUAUUAAAUGCAAGACAGCGAUAUGAAAGAGAUAUAAUAAUUAGGUUGAUGUGGAUAUAUUUGGUCAACAAGACGAUAUUUUUGAGAUUUAAAGAAGGAUAUCCAUAUUACAGAUUGUCAAUAAUAAAUCCAGAUUACAAAGUGGCUUAUGAUUUGCAUAACUUUACUAAUAGUAUUCCUUUACCAGCAAAUGGUUUUGAAUAUUUGAAUAUAAAAUCAGACAGGUCUAAGUGGGAUAGAUCAGAUAGCUCAGAGUUAUCGAUAGAAGACUCUACUGCUGCCAUAUACUGCCUUGUGUUUUUUGAGAAUAUUUUAAAUAAGAUAUCAAAUAAUGAACUUACAGAAUUUCUCAGUAUCGAUCGCAAACUAGUUUCCCUAGUGACUGAAAAAGUCAUUAUUAAGAAGGUUGAGCAAAAACAAAUCAUAAUAAACUCCACUUUCCUAUUUACGGCAUUUGCUAUCCAUGAAGCAUUACUAUUACAAAAUUUAUAUCCAUUGACUGACUUGAUUAUUUUCAAAUCGACACAACAUAAAUUUGGGAGCCUGAGGUCGGGGCCACCUAAAAAGUUACUGCUCCUUGAUAAUAUUUCAAUAGUAGACAAAUUUGACUUGGAUAAAGUGCCCUCGAUUAUUGAUAAUAUGGAUGACAGACAAUGGAUAUCUUUAGUCGAUAUAUUAGCUAAUAUAAAAGAUAUCGUCGAUCUUAUCGAGUUGGAUCCAAAUGUUGCUGACUUUAAGAUACAAAUUUAUGCAAACUAUCAUGAAAAUGUACCAAUAGAUGACUUCACUGAUGUUAAACAGGUUUGGCUCAAGUACACAGAUUUCGCUUUAGUGAUAGCUUGCUCUUUAAUACCAAUUAUGAUAAGUCUAAUUGUUUUGACCAAGUUUAUCAGUUUUGAAGGGACUCUAGACGGUGUUUUAGCUACUUACUAUGCACAGAACGCUAGAGAAAGACUCGAGAAUGAUAGAAGCAGCGAUGAGGAAAAAGUGGGAAAGAAAAUGAAGACCAUCUCAGUUGACGCUAAACUGCUUGAUGUUUUCGAGAUUGAUGUCCUUUUGAAGAAGCUUUCAAACCUCAUUGAAUUCAUUAAAACAAAGCUAAGCUUUGAUAAUGAUGAAGUAGCUAAAGACACAAUGUUAAAAAUCAAUAAAGUCAGUCAUUAUCUAGAGGAGCUUUUAAAUAGUUUAUAG